CGACGUUUGGAUUGACAAAUUUCAAAGUUUGAGCCAUGUCGCUCAAGAACCUCAAGCCGAUCACCAUCAAGCGCAAUCCGUCGCUGCCCGACGGACACCAGCUCUUCCCUAUCGCAGACAAGUGGGCGGAGCUGCUGCCAGAGCGAGUUCCGCUCCAGUUCUCUAUCUUUCGAUACUUGGGGUUCUAUGUGGCUUGCACUAAGAAUGGCAAGUCGACCGUCGUGAGGUCCCGCGCAGUCGCAGCACUUCGCGUGACCAUCCAGAACGAGGACAAGGUGGUGUUCAACGAGCGCGUGAAUACUGCCUUCCCCAACGGUGUCUAUUACGUUCAGGACAUCCGUCUGGAGAACCCCGGAGUGCACACUGUAUGUGUGACAGUUGAGGGAGGACUUGCAGAUGACCUGGCACCGCUCGUGCUUAAAACGCAAGUGUUCGAGUUCAUGGAACUGCAUGAGUGUCCGGAUCUGGAGAAAGGAGCGUAUCAGCCACUGCGCGAAUUCGUACUCAACUGCAUCAAGAAUGGGCAUCGCGAACAACUACGUGACGACUCAUUUCUUGAAACCUACGUACGCACGAAGAAGCACUCGCUACGCAACAUGGAUGCAAGGUGGUGGUUACGAGCAUUUGUGCAGCACACGCUGGAUCGCGAGGAGCGUCAGAGACUUUUGAUACUGCAUGCUGCGGUACUUGUUUGAUCAUUUUGUCCUUAAUGUUUGUCGUAUUCACCUUUCGACUGUAAUAUCAGAAAUACUCUUGCCGGACCACACAUAAACGCAAGCAGGACCAUCCGAGCCGCACGGCAGACAAGAAAGAGCACGAUAAUCUAUUCGCACGUCGGAAACGAGACUGGAAACGUGUACGCGCAGGGGAUCUGCGAAUGUUCACGACGGAGCCACUACAUGCGGGAGCAACAACUACAGUGUACAGCAGCAAGGAAAUGUUCCGCCAGCUCAGUCUCUACGCUCAAGUCUAGCUGGAGCCCCGUGCACUUGCGUAUCAGUCAACGAGUCGCCUAGUGUACGUCUACAUACUAGUAAUACACUCACUUUGUCGGAUUAAUCGGAGA